AUGAUUGGUGACCGCUGGUUAGCACAGGGGUUUCGUCAAGUCGCGUCAUCCCCUCUUACGACAAUAGUCUGGGCAGUCUAUACAUUCUCAAAUUACUUGAUCUGGAAACUUGCGUCGUCGGGAUAUCAGCGAUGGCCACCCAUCCGAGUGGUCUGUGUCUCUGACACUCACUCCCAGAGGUGUGACAUCCCAUAUGGCGAGAUCCUCAUCCAUGCCGGAGAUUUGAGCCUCAACGGUAGCGCAGUGGAGAUUCAGGAUACCAUUAAUUGGCUUAAAUCACUACCGCAUCCACACAAGGUUGUGAUAUGCGGUAAUAGUGAUAGAUUUUUCGAUGCCUGUUCUCGAAUACCUGACGACGCUACAUACUCAGUCAGUAGUCUUCGUCGCGAAAGGACUGCUUCGUGUCAGCCACCACACAUGAUGUUUGACUGGGGUGAAAUACAUUACUUACAACAAACUUCCGUUUCUCUGACGUUUCCCGGCUCCUUCUCCGAUGUGCAACGCCAGGUAAAUAUUUAUGGGGCGCCGCAAGUUCCUCUUUGUGGCGGACCUGAAAAUGCAUUUCAAUACCCGGUGGAUCACGAUCCUUGGCGUGGCAACAUCCCUGAAUCGACCGAUAUAUUGGUGACACAUACUCCGCCGAAGUUCCACUUAGACUGGUACCAGGGAUCGCCGGAAGGUUGCCCUUUUUUGCUUCAAGAGUUGUGGAAGAUCCGCCCUUUACUACAUGUGUUUGGGCAUGUUCAUACGGCCUAUGGGGUGGAACGGGUACAUUGGGACAGCUCUCAGGGUUGGUGGGAGAGGUACUGCUUAGGUCUUUCAAAGCUCUCUGGUAUUUCCUGUACAGAACUUUUUCAACCACAAUUGUUGUGGGACGCUGCAAUGGUUUUGCUGUCUGCAAUAUUCACUGUAGCAAAGGAAAUGGUUGGUCCACGUCGGAACGAGAGAUCUUCUACCCUCAUGGUUAAUGCUGCUUGCAUGGACGGAGACGGUCUAUCAUUAUCAAAUGACCCUAUUGUUGUAGAAAUAUAA